AUGGUACUCCAAUCAUUAUCUCAUCUGGUUUUGCGAAUCAUCUUUGAGAGCUUGGAUGACGCUGAUGUUGUUUGCUUGCUCUUGACUUGCCAACAACUAUAUGGCCAUAGGAAAUCAGUGGCAGUGUUUAGUAAUAAUCAGAACCAUACCAGUCAUACACAAAGAGUGAUCAGAAGUUAUUAUCGUCUGAUGCCAAUAUUCAGUCAUGUUAGACUGCCCCAUCAACCUCAUCAUCCAUCACCACAACCAUCGGUAAUCAUCAACACGGUGAGUGUGAUCAAGACCGAUCUAAGUGUUGUAAACACGGCCGACUUCUCAUCAAUUCCAUCGACAUGCACAUCAUUGCUGUUUGGCAAGUUGUUCAAUCAAUUGAUUGUGCCUGGUCACCUGACACAUGCACACUCAAUCACAAGCAUACGCUUUGGCGAAGAGUUUGAUCAAAAGAUAGUGGUUGGCUCACUGCCCAACUCGCUCAUACGUCUACAAUUUGGUCGAUCAUUCGAUCAACGACUGGAACAUGGCUCGCUGCCCCCCUCCCUGCAAUGCCUGCUGUUUGGCGACAAGUUAAGUGCCGAUCGUCUGUACUCAAAGUUGGAGUUGGCCGCUAUGCGACGUGUUACUGGCUCGUCCAAGCUGCCCUUUCCCCUUCCCCGCAACAAUCGAUUCAACGAGCCACUCUCGCCAGGCGUCCUGCCCCAAUCACUCACAAAGUUACACUUUGGAUAUGGUUUUGAUCAGGAUCUCAAGGAUGGAGUGCUUCCAGACUCAAUCGAGACAUUAUACUUUGGAUCUGGAUUCAGGAGGAUCCAGGAUCGCGACGCUUUACCCCGAUCACUCACCAAGCUCUACCUUGGCUCGUUGUUUGAACAACAUCUUGAACGACAGGUCUUGCCACUGGGCCUCAAAACACUCAUGUUUGGGGCGUUGUACGCAUCCAUCAUCAAUCCUGGAGAUAUCCCAUCAUCAGUCACUAUAUUGAGAAUGAGCGAGAGGUACGAGUUACAGAUUGAUCGAAACGUGUUGCCUGAAUCACUUAGAAUCCUAUCUUUUGGACAGAAGCCACACCUUCUGCCAGUGGACCUGGCCGCGCAGGCUCCACACCUUCACACACUUGUCGUCAGUAACAAGUUCAAUCAUCCACUGUCCAUUGGAGCACUGCCUCAGCGACUGGUGCGUCUAUCACUGGGGAGCAAGUUUGAUCAGCCACUUGAUGCCAACGUACUUCCACCAACACUGGAGCAACUCUCACUGGACUAUCAUUAUCGCCAUCCUUUCGUCAGUGGCUCACUACCUUUGUCACUGAAGAACAUUGAGUUCCAUGCACCCAAGUUCACCGAGCCCACAGCAAGACUGGUACCAAUAUUGAUUGAUGAAUGUGUCCCAUCCAGUUUGGAGUCGAUAGACCUACAUUGUGAUGAGAUAUAUUAUACUGAGCUGAUUAGAUUUGGUCAGAUACAUUAUCACUCGAGCAUCAAGAAUUGGAGAGUCACAUCUGCCACAUGA